AUGGCCGCGAUUCCCACGUCUCUCUUUCGCUGGGUUGUUCCCGCCGCCAUUGGCGCCAGCGUGGUACAAUCCUCCAUCUACGAUGUCAAGGGCGGUACCCGCGCAAUCAUCUUCGACCGUCUGUCGGGAGUCAAGGAGACUGUCGUCAACGAGGGCACACAUUUCCUGAUUCCAUGGCUGCAGCGGGCCGUCGUGUUCGAUGUUCGGACUAAGCCGAGGAACAUCAGCACGACGACAGGAAGCAAGGACUUGCAGAUGGUUACCUUGACACUGAGGGUGUUGCACCGACCGGAGGUUAAGCAACUGCCUAAAAUCUACCAGAACCUCGGUCUUGACUACGACGAGAGGGUCCUUCCCUCUAUCGGAAACGAAGUCCUCAAAGCCAUUGUCGCCCAAUUCGACGCUGCAGAACUCAUUACGCAGCGAGAGGCCGUGUCGAACCGCAUUCGCGCCGAUCUACUGAAGCGCGCCAACGAGUUCAACAUUGCGCUCGAAGACGUCUCCAUCACACACAUGACGUUUGGCAAGGAAUUCACCAAGGCGGUUGAGGAGAAGCAAAUCGCACAGCAAGAAGCGGAGCGCGCGCGAUUCAUUGUAGAAAAGGCAGAGCAGGAAAGACAGGCCAAUGUUAUUCGCGCAGAGGGUGAGGCUGAGGCGGCGGACACGAUUAGCAAGGCGGUGGCAAAGAGUGGUGAUGGCCUUGUUCUGAUCAGGCGGCUGGAAUCUCAAAAGGACAUUGCACAGAUUCUGGCAAGAAACCCGAACAUCAGCUACCUGCCUGGCGGGGCUGCUGGCAAUGGUGGUGGGUCAAGCGGCGGCAGCUUCCUGUUGGGCCUGAGGUCGUAG